AUGGGUCUGUCAUCCGCAGAUCUGAGAGAGAUAAAAGGUUGCAUUAUCUCAACAUUCAAUGAUAAAUUUCUGCAAGAUGUGGUUUCCAAAGUGGCUGCAAUGGUAGACAAACAGUUAGAGGAGAAGUUGAAGGCCCAGGAUGUGGAAAUCGAAACGCUCAAAGAAAAUCAAAACAAAAUAAUUGAGGAAAAUAUGCAGCUGAGAAAAAUUAUCGAUGAUCAAGAGCAGCAUGCGCGGAACUUAAACGUGCGCAUCCAUGGAAUCAAGGUUGAAGAUGGCGAAAAUACCGAAAAUCUGCGAACAAAGGUUUUGGAAGUGUUUACAAAUAAAUUGAAAAUAAAUCUGGUCGACUCGGUAAUAAAAAAGUGUCAUCGUGUUUCUUCUAUGGGACCCAGCGAUCAGCCUCCUGCAGUUUUAGUUCGUUUCGCCUCGGAUACAUCGCGCUCUCAGGUGAUAAGAAAUCGAAAAAAUUUAAAAGGCUCGAAAAUUGUGAUAAGGGAAGACCUUACAAAAAAUCGCUUAGGCCUAUUGAAGAGUGCAAUUGACGUUUUUUCUAGUAAAUCUGCGUGGGUGUUAAACGGAAAUAUCUAUGUAAAAUGCGAAAAUGAAGUGCAUCGUAUCUCUGAUAAAUCAAAGUUAAGUGAGUUAAAAGAAAGCACCCUUGUCAUUGAAGAACAACUACGUCGCGCAUCUCAGCUGAAUUUCACGCAGAAUCUAGAUCAUCCAGGAUUCACUUUGAGUGCGCGAUUCGCUGAGGUCGAAUGUUUAGCGGAGUCUCAUCAGCACCUGAUUAAAGAAUCGUUGGUUGGUAACCAACCGGUGAAUGCAGUAUUAUACAACGUGCUCAAUCAGCUGGAAGAGUUGUUAGGCGAAAUUAAAUCUGAUGUUUCAAGGUUACCGGCUUCCCUAGCUAAAAUUCCUGCUGUCACAAAAAGGCUUCAGAUGACAGAAAAAAGUAUUGGAUCUCGGUUUGCUGGAAUAGCUGAAUCCAGUGAUCAGUCCACAGCUCAAGUUACUAGUGAAUUCCCAACUGGGUUUAAUGACGAUAACUUGGCAGGAUUCGUAGCCGCCAAAUUUGCACCUCAGUAUUCUACUCCAGGUCAGACAUCUAGCGAAUUGCCUUUGUAG